AGAGGCCUCUAGUCUGGGGGAGGGGUUAUGGUGGGAUUUAUCUUUUUCAUUUUUGUUCGUUUUAAUUCCCCGUCUGUCUCCUAGAACGUCAGUGGAGGAGGGCUCCACGUAAAACCCACAGAGGCAGACGGGUUGCGCAGGGCCGGUCCUCAGCAACAGGGAGACUCAAGCAGCUGCUGCGGAGGCCGGAGUAUUCUCCAUUAGGAGAAGGGGAGAUCUUUGAGAGCACCUUUCUACAGGUGAUGGACCAUUGGUCAUGCCCGGGCAGUGGGGGUUUUUUCAUACAGAAGGGAGAGAUUUCUCUUGCAUGGCUCCCUGUCGGAGGAGGGGUGCCAACUCCUAAGGGAUGAGGUGACUUCAGCCCCCCCCCAAACAUGCAGUUGAUGGGGCUGAGCCCACCCAAGGAAUGCCACAACUACGAUUUAGAAUGGAGUAUGAGAGGUGAGGUGCGCCAAAUUUUGUGCACCGCUGAAAUGUGAGACCCAAAGAUCUGCCACUGUUGGUGCCCAUUGGAACUGAUAGGGCAGAGAGGGAGCCCAAACAAGAGGAGGAGCCAGAGACAAUGACCAUUUUGUGCCUCCUUCCACCCGGUUUUGAUAGCGAGUUGAAGAGACUCCAGGCCUGCAGAAGGCCAUCCUUUGAGGAACAGCUGGGGAAAUGUCCUGUUAGUCACUCCCUGCAGCGCCCAGUCCGUUCCAGGUGCUCUAGCUUGUUUGAGGAGCCCAACACCCGUGCAUUUGUUCCGUUCUUAGCAGACUCCUUACCCUCCUCUCUCCAUGCAGUUAACCAAGACGGGUGAAUAUGCCGUGAUCCACAACCAACCCAAUUUAGUUAUGGUUGGCAUUUUGUCCAGCAGUCCAGGUUUGCUACUUCCAGACAUGAUGGUCAUUGCCCGGGUGAGAAAAGGCAUCAGAGAUAUAGAGGCAAAGGCUAAAGACCUGGAAGUCACUAGGUUGAUCUCUUUAAACCUGGUGGCGUUUCAAGUACAUAGCAUGAAUGAACGGCAGCUGAGAGUGAAGAUGGCAAAUGGCCGGAAAUAUUAUCUGCAACUCUGUGCCCCUGCAGGGCAAGAGGACAUCAUCUUUCAGCGCUGGCUGCGUCUCAUUUACGUCUUGAAUGUGGCCAGUGGCAGGAUCAGUGAUCCAAUCAGCUUUACGUCAAAGCAAUCCGGGCUCCACACGAUAUGGAAGAGCGCUAGCUUUCGUGCUACGCCCGAGAAGGUCAGUCUCAUGAAACAAAGCCCCCUCAAAGUCUACCACCUUUGCCCGUCACAUUGGCCAACCCAUCGGUCUCUCUGUUUUGGAUGCGUACAUGCACCAUACAUUUAAAACCUGCCUUUCCCCCAAAGAAUCCUGGGAAAUGUAGUUGUUAUGGGUGCCUAACCCUCCCCCU